AUGGGGUGGAGUUGGAGUAAAGCGAGACUGAAAGGGCCCACGGAUGGCGCCCGUUUAGGGCCCGCUAUGUCCCUAUCAGCCGCUGCCAGCCCUGCACCUGCGGGGCUAGGCCCAAUGGUGACUUCUACCGGCACCGGCCUCCCAUCAGCAGACUCGCUUCUGCUCACUUUACGCAACAAACCACAUUCCCGAGUAUUUCGCGCAUUAUUUCAAUACUUACCGCUACGUGACUCCCCGAACGAGAAUCCUCAAUUGGAAUUAGCCCUGGCUCCAGGUGAUAUCCUUCUCGUCAAAGGUGAAAUGGACUCGGACGGCUUCUACCGUGGCGAAACCCUGGAUGGUCGCACCGGUCUAGUGCCUUCGAAUUAUGUGGAACGGGUACCCGACUCGGUCCUGCUGUGCAACGCCCGAGCUCCAUCCCCAUCUUUUCCCAUUCAUGUCCCUCAACAUCAUUCCACAAUCGUGCACGACUUCUCCGAAUCCGAUCAUAGUCAGCUGCCUGACUCGGUCUGUCCUUAUCCACCAGCCGACGUCUCCAAAGUCACCGUUCAGGAGAUCAAGCAGAGCGACAGCCCACGAGGCAAGAGAUUUCUUCUUUUUUCACCAUUUCCAUUUUUUAAGAAAGUUCCUAAUAAAUGUUUGUGUGCAGUUCCAUGUCCUCGUGAUCUGAUGGUAGAGAAGAAGAUGUCGCGCUCAGUAGUCGUGGCCUGGUCUCCACCGGAGGAGUCCUUCGUCGCUGUUUCGCAGUACCACGUCUGCGUAGACGGCCAAGUCCGUGCUGUUGUACCCGGUUCCUACAAGUGUCGUGCAUUAGUGGAAGACGUUCCUCUGGACGGCUCCGUUAAUCUUUCCAUUCGGGCGCUUUCGGAUCAGGGCCAUAGCCCUGAUGCGGCUUGCACAAUCACUCUGGGCAACGAGGCUGCCGUGGCCCCACAGCAUUUGCGUGUGUGGGCCGUCACGCCGGUAUCAGCUUGUCUCAGAUGGUAUCCUUCGAACAGCAACGCCGACCACGUAAUCUCCCUGAACGCCGUCAAAGUAGGAGUGUGCCCGCCCAGCGUCUUCCAGUGUCGCGAUCGGGGUCUACCACUGGAAAUCUGGAAGUCUUCUCUACAGUCGGACCUCAGUCUGACUGUGUCACUCAGGCUGACAUGUCGUGCCCUUCGCCGUCGUCGGUCCAAUGUGCAGCUACAAGGACUCCAGCCGUCGACGAUCUAUCGUGUUUCCGUGCGAACGAAACACCCGAAAGCCGUGCUGGAACAACGUCCGGUUGAACGUUGUCUCGAUUUCAAGACACUGCCCAAGAUUGGCCUACCAGAUCCACCGACAAACGUUCAAGUCGAGAACGGACCCCAAGCGGGGACAUUGCUCAUCUCGUGGACGCCGGUGACCAACCAACCGAAACCUCCGUCGAGAGCGGCUGUCCACUCGUACCUCGUCUACGCCGACGGCAAGAAUAUCGCUCAAGUCCCGUCAGCCACGGCCGACCACGUGCUGCUUCGACUAGCCGACCUCUCGGACGAUCCGCCGAUCUUCAUCACUGUGCGGACUCGGACGCGCGAGGGUGCCGUGUCGUGCGACUCCAACGUGGCGCGCGUGCCUCGUGGUCCAUCGUUCAGUGCGGUACCAGACGAAUUGCUUCAAACGGCACCCUUACUUGAUAUGGCGCACUCCUACCCGAGUGCAAGCCGCUACAUUCCAGGACCACGUUCUGGGCAACCGCCACCUCCACAGCAAACUGCACCCUAUACUGCCCCGCCAAUGCUCAAUUCAUUGUCCUUCCAAGCUAAUCCACUUUCUUCGUACGCUACUACUGCCUCUGCUAUUCAGGGAUAUACUAGUUUAGUCGGCACCGAUCGAAUUGCACCUUCCAGCGCAAUGGGCAGUCAAGCGAUGGUCGGCGCGGGUCAGCUCUCGGCCGGCAUGCAAGCCACAGCCACGUUGCCGAUGUCCGCGAUGAACACCUCGGGCGCUUUGCCAUGCAGCAUCGGUGCUGCUGGCAGUAUGCCGUUGUCCACCACUCUGUGUACGUCUUCCAUCGCGCCUGGGCUGGCAUCUUCUCAGGGAGCACUUCCAAAGAAGCCCUUUGUUUGUGGAGUAGAAGUUGCACUCACUUCCUAUGGAAAUCUGUUUCAGUGGAAAACGCCGCAGAUGAAACAGUACUACACAUUCCAUCCUCGAUUAAUUCGUGGCGACGGUACGAGUACGGAUGAGGUCCGCCCGUCCGUUCCCGAUAUGGAGAACAGUUAUUUGCUUCGACAUCGGCAGUCUGAUUGGACAGGGCAUUCUGAGUGGGCAGGACCGGCAGAUGCCCGGAUGAGGGCCGAACCCUAUGGAUGGCAGUCAGCUCGAGGCGGAAGCGCCGAGGACCGACUACCUGCUAGGCAUAGACUGGUCCCACCGCGAUUAGCACGAGUGAAGAGCGAGAGUGGUUUCGGUACUAGGAGUGAACCAGAUUUGCGACCACCGACUCUUGAGGAUGAUUGUCGAUGGUUCGUGGCCCUAUUCGAUUACUCGCAUCACAUGUCACCAAAUGCGAAUGCUGAAGCCGACGAACUAUCUUUUAGAAAGCAUCAGCUCAUCAAGGUCUACGGUGAAGUGGAUGCUGAUGGAUUUUACCAUGGGCAGAUUGGAAAUCGCGUUGGUCUGGUACCAUCAAAUAUGGUGAUAGAGAUCGCAAAGGACGAUCUUCUGCCAAGAAGGACUCGGACGGAGGCAAUGCUAGCAGAACCGACACUCCGAAGAAUGCGAUGGGGCUCUUUGAAAUCGCGUAGCUACGACCAUGCGGGUGACCGAAGAAUUCACGACAGGCCACCCACGUCUUCCCAUUUCGCUUCUCUGGACCGGAGGGAAAUGGAGAGAAGGGAGGCAUCGGCUACAAGAGGUGAUCGUUACCGCAGAAGCAACGGACGCGACUAUGAGCUUCGCAGGGACUAUGACGACCGAUAUCGGGAAGUCAGGGAUCCAUGGGAAGCACGAGAACCAAGAGAUCACCGAGAAAUGGUACGAGAUAUUCGAGAGCAGCGGGGAAUGCGGGAAGACUAUCACAGAGAGUAUCGAGACGAACCCGAGUACCGAUCCGACAAAUACCGCGAGCGAGGCUACGAACGCGAGCGUGAAUACGAACGGAGAGACGAUCGACGAGAUGAGAGGCGAGAUGACCGAAGAGAGGAGCGGAGAGAAGAACGGCGAGAAUAUGAGCGUCGACACGAAUACCCAAGAGAAGAACAAUUCCGGCGUGACCGACGUGACGAUAGUUAUAGGGAUGACCGACAUUAUGAGUAUUACCCGCCACGAUAUGAUCCUAGUUCAGUAGGACCGUCUGCUAGUGGACAGGCUGUGCCUUUGGAACAACAAAUGCAGCCGGUCUCGUCUGCACACGCACCUCAGAUAUCACAAGUAGCUCAUCAACUAGGUCAAAUGCAAAUGGCAGCCUCGGCAAUGCAACCUACCUCGUCUCAGCAGCCACUUUAUGCCAUGCCUGGACGUCAAGCUGGAGUGCAAGGCGGCAUGCCUGCUGAAACGGAUAUAAACGGAGUGCAUACGAGGAAAAUGGUCGCCAAGUUCGACUAUGAUUCUCGUCAGCUCAGUCCAAACGUCGACGCCGAGCAGGUCGAGUUAUCAUUCCGACAAGGUGAUAUCAUAACGGUUUAUGGUGAAAUGGAUGAUGAUGGCUUCUACAUGGGUGAACUCAACGGCUUACGUGGUCUCGUUCCUUCAAAUUUCUUACAGUCGUCACCACUCACCACUCUCGCUCCUUCCCAACCGACAGAGCCGUUGCGAAAAGGUGUCGUCUUCUCAGACGCGCAGGCAAUGGCGGCCAAGAAGACUAUGCCUGCUCGACAGGUUUCUUUUCGUCUUCUGGCAUUCUUCGUCAUCUUUUUUUCAACUGCUACGAAACCAGCAACGAAAAAGUCUGCAGUAGCGGCUCCGGGAAAAACACUGGCCAAGAAGGCCAGUGACGUCGGCAAGUCGACUUCAGUGAGUGUGCGGAAGACGAGCACCGUGAAGAAAGGAGACACGUCUGUUAAGGUCGGUACACAACCUACAAAUCGUGGGAAAGCUGACUUAGGAAAAUGGUAG